AUGAAAUUCCUUCUCCGCGCCUCUACACUCGCCGGACAAUCGUUGCGAUUCGCCUCGCAACGACCAAAGGUUUUCUUCGAUGUGACAAUUGGAGAAGAGCCAGCCGGACGUGUUACCAUGGAGCUUUUCAACGAUGUCGUCCCAAAGACUGCUGAAAAUUUCCGCGCCUUGUGCACUGGAGAGAAGGGAGUUGGAAAGCAAGGCGUUCCACUUCAUUUCAAGGGCUCCAAAUUCCACAGAAUCAUUCCAGAGUUCAUGAUUCAGGGAGGAGACUUCACCCGUCACAACGGAACCGGAGGAGAAUCAAUCUACGGAAUCAAGUUCAAGGACGAGAACUUUGACUUGAAGCACUCCGGACCUGGAUGCUUGUCGAUGGCCAACGCUGGACCAAACUCCAAUGGAUCCCAAUUCUUCAUCUGCACAGUUGACACCCCAUGGCUCGAUGGAGGACACGUUGUCUUCGGACAAGUCACCGACGGAAUGUCCGUAGUGAAGAAGAUUGAGAAGAUGGGAUCUCGCUCCGGAGCUCCAUCGAAGACUGUCACCAUCGCUGAUUGCGGAGAGUUGAAGAACGAGUAA